AUGCUCUACAAUGCCCUUAUCCGGACCCAUCACAUCACAUCUCGUAAAAAAGUGUCUGCCUUGAAACGAGCAGCUGGCACGCACAACUGUUUCGUACUUCUCCGCUCUGGCGGAUGUCCAGGGAUCAUGUAUGUUGAAUCACGGGAUAUGAACUCUGUGGAGUCGUGGGUCGAUGUCGUGCGGAACCUGCGCUACAAGGAUUUCCAGCUUGUUAGCCGACCAGGCGCGGUAAUAAGAGAUGAUCAACCCGGAGAGUCGAAGCCAGACAGACGUCCUCAGAGCUCAGAUAUUCCAACUUUACCGCACGUAGGACUUUCUGAAGUUGAGUCCGUCAAGGAAUUUGGGAGUAUCAUGGAGCAGCGAGGUCUUUGGCAGUGGUGGAGGAAGGGAAUGGGUUACCUGAGCUGA